AUGGCUUCAAAGUUCAUGAAAAAAAGAUUGAAUUUUUACGAGAGCAACGAUAGCCAGGAAGCAAAAAUCAAAAAAGAAUUUCAAAAUUUUACUGAGAAGAACCUGACAGUUACAAAAUCAUCGAAACCGAAACUCGCAGACCCGCAGAAAAUUAUCUCAAAAUCAUUGUCGCUAACAUCAGAUGACGACGAGUAUCAAAGCGAUGCAACAGCUUCAACGCCAUCAACAAGGACAGCAGUUACAACACCGGUGACAUUAAGGACAACAACAGCAACAGCUCUUAAGAAGCCUAUCUUCAAGUCAUCGGGCCAGUUUGAGAAGUAUUACAGCGACUUGGAUGAGGAGUGCCAGUCUGUGGCAAGCUUCAAAUCGUCUACAGAACUGCUCAACGUCAACAACAUCACAUCUCCAGUCUUUCAAAGCUACCAACAAUCGUCGCCACAUUCACCGACGUUCUACACUAAGACCAUUCUUCUACCAAAAAGUCUGCCAACUAGUCCCCAGACUAUGAAGCGAGUACAGUUCACCAGCGUUAUGCCCAUUAUGACCACUGACUCUACUAAAAUUAGUGAAAUUAGGCAGCCGAGAAUUAACAUUAACGGUAAAGUUGUUAGUGGGGGCGGUAAUGAUGAUGAUGAUGAUGGGGAAAGUUUCAAAGAUGGCGGAAAAGCGGCGCGAAAUUGGUGUAAACAGGUUUUCCAGGCUGUUGAUAAGCUCAGCAGUGAUAUAUACGCCGAAUACAACUCGAACGAAGCGUCGAAGAACUCUGUUCCGCCUAAGCCUAAAAAAGUCAUCAGGCCAAGUAGCGUCAAGCUAAAUGAACAGAUUGUUGGCAGCAGUAUCAGCAGCGGCGACAUCAGCAACAACAACUUGCUCCGUGUCGACUUGAAUGAUUACAAAUUUAAUAAUUACGUUGACGAUUUUAAUGUUGAUGACGUCAUCAACGACAGCAGCAGUGGCAACACUGAGAGCACCAAUAACAUCAACAACAUCAACAACAACAACAACAUCGAUGAUUCUUUUUGGAAUAAGUACAGGAACAUAAAAACAACAGCCGACAAGUUUCCACUAUACGCUCUAGCCCUCUACGAUUUCCACGCCCACUACCCCAGGCAUGAUAUUUGCAUAAUCGAGUUAUCAUUCUCUAGAGGCGAUAGAUUGAAGAUAUUGCAAAAAGUUGACGAGAAUUGGAUAGAUGCCGAGUUGAACGGCUUGAAAGGACUCGUACCCAUAAACUAUAUUCAAGUUGAGAAGGUUAAAGAGAUUGUUCCUAGGACAACGAAGCAGAAGUGCGUUGUAAUGUACGACUUUUUAGCGCAGUACCCAUCUGAAAUCUCCGUCAAGAAGAAUGAUAUCGUGAAAGUCAUCAGGCAGUUGAGAGGUGAAUGGCUAGAGGUGGAAUCAGGUUCAAAAACAGAAAAAAUAAAUCCAAGUUCAGGAAAAACUACAGCGAAAGAAAACUAA